UGUUUGUUGUUGGAGAAAAGGAGAGAAAGGAAAGCGCGAGGACCCGCCGCCGCUGCCGUCACCAGCCCCGCCGUGCCGGAGCCGCGAGGAGACUGGUCACCUGCCUCCCUUCUUCCCACCGGCCGUCUGCGUCCUCGGACUUGUUCCAACAAUCUGUUAAAACAUGGUGGAUUACUAUGAAGUUCUAGGCGUGCAGAGACAUGCUUCACCCGAGGAUAUCAAAAAGGCAUACCGGAAACUGGCGCUAAAGUGGCAUCCAGAUAAAAACCCUGAGAAUAAAGAAGAAGCAGAGAGAAAAUUCAAACAAGUAGCUGAGGCGUAUGAGGUAUUAUCAGAUGCAAAAAAACGGGACAUCUAUGACAAAUACGGCAAAGAAGGAUUAAAUGGUGGAGGAGGAGGUGGAAGUCAUUUCGACAGUCCAUUUGAGUUUGGCUUCACAUUCCGGAAUCCAGACGAUGUCUUCAGGGAAUUUUUUGGUGGAAGGGAUCCAUUUUCAUUCGACUUUUUUGAAGACCCAUUUGAAGACUUUUUUGGGAACCGAAGGGGUCCUCGAGGAAGCAGAAACCGAGGUGCAGGCUCAUUUUUCUCUGCCUUCAGUGGAUUUCCUUCUUUUGGAGGUGGAUUUCCGUCCUUUGACACAGGAUUUACUUCAUUUGGGUCACUGGGUCAAGGGGGCCUCACUUCAUUCUCUUCAACGUCAUUUGGUGGCAGUGGGAUGGGCAACUUCAAAUCUGUAUCAACCUCCACUAAAAUAGUUAACGGCAGGAAAAUCACUACCAAGAGAAUUGUGGAGAAUGGUCAAGAAAGAGUUGAAGUUGAAGAAGACGGCCAGCUAAAGUCCUUAACGAUAAAUGGUGUGGCUGAUGAGGAGGCCCUGGCAGAAGAAUGCCUGCGGAGAGGCCAGCAUGCCCUGCAGGGCCCACCACCUGGCAGUGCCCGCUCGUCAAAGCCACCCAAGUCCACCCCGGUGACCAGACUCACGCCUCAUUCCAUCUGGGAAGAAGAUGAGGAGCAGGACAGGCUGCGGGUCCCUGGCAACUGGGAUGCCCCCAUGACCUCAGCAGGGCUCAAAGAAGGUGGCAAGAGGAAGAAGCAGAAGCAGAGAGAGGAGCCGAAGAAGAAGAAGUCGACCAAAGGGAACCACUAGGCUGGACUUGACGCAGACACCAGCCCCGCUUGCGUGCAGCCGCGCGUGUGGAGGCGGCGGCAUCCUUUCAGUGCUGCCCCAGGGCCACCUCGCUUAGCAGGAUUGCGAAAGUGUGCUCACGAAUCGGUAGGAUCAGGGGCGUUGGAGACUGAGGUGACGAUCACAGGUGGCCUGGUAGACGUUUGGGACACAGCCUCGACUUUGUUACUCUGCUUUUCCCCAACACUAAAUCUGUUAGCAUCUUCCUCUUGAGUUGUAAGGGUCUGUUCAUUCUUUUCAGUUACUCGUCCAUUAUACGAAGUGCUGAGAUCUGUAGCGGUAGAGGUGCAUGAAGUGCGGCAGGAAGCUCGGUAUGUCCUCUUUCCCAAUGGUGGGACCGUGUUUGGAAUUAGAAUGUAAUUAAGUACAGUGUAACUUAAGGUAACCACGUAUGUUACGCCUGGCACUGAGGCUGUCAGGGUACUUUUUGUCCAGAAUAAUCUGGCAGUACACAAUAGGCCAUUUUGAGUCACUUCAGAUGUAAAAUCAUUCUUGGUGUUAUUGUUCUAGUUUUAGUCCUCUCCAGGUAGUAAAAAUUUGACUCCAAAUACUGUUUAAUUUUUGCUAAAUCUCUUCUUUCUUUCUUGGAUCCAUAAUUGUUCUUGUUUAGUGAAAAGAUUUUGCUCAGCAAUACCAUCUUUAGCUUUCAUAGGUCAGGCUCAUACCAGGGAAAAACAGGCUGGUUAUUUACAUGCACAUCCUAACAGAAGCUUGACCUAACUAUUUCAGUUUGCAAACAUUGGCCCCUGAGAACAGCAUUUCACUCUCACCAAUUCUGCUGCUUCCUGUCGUCAAUCGGUUGCAUGCGGUGCUUCUUCUUAACAUUUGUUUUAUUGAGCACCAGGUGGCUCUGGGGCUGCUUAACUUCCUGCCUGCAUGUUCCUCUUGGACAGAAGUGUCCCUUCCCUUCACCGUGAGGACCCAUUGUUCACGCUGCUUUUUCCUUUGUCCUCUUGGAAGCAAGGGCAUUGAAAAAAGUGUUGACAUGUUUAAAGUGCUAGCGGUCUAAUCUGGCAGUGUGGAAAGAAGAAUAUUUUGUGCAGUCAUGCAGCAGUGCCACAGCUGGGAGCCUGGGACAAGUGUCACCUGUGGUUUAAGGUGACUGUCGCGGCACAGUUUGCUGUGUUUUCUUGGUUUGGUGGGAGGUACGGGCGGCUACUUGGUGGAGCAGAUUGGUAUUUAAGUUUGUUGUGGAAAAUGUGACCGUCAAGGCAGCAUGUAUUUUAAUGCUACCUACGAAUAAAAUGUGUUACUGAGUCCAGCUCGCUUGUGGUCAUUUAUAG